AGCACAUCAACUACUACCCAGCCCUCGAACACUUCGACAUCACCACCAAAAAGACGGAGAAUCUCCCGCGCUUGUGAUGUCUGUCGAAAGAGGAAGGUGAAGUGUGAUGGGAAACAACCAUGUGCACAUUGUAUGUCAAAUAAUUUAGUUUGUACUUAUAAUCGGCCUUCAAAUAGACAAAAGAGGCUUAGUCUAAAAGAGUUCGAAGUGAUGAAGAGGCGUCUACGUGAAGUCGAGACCUUGAUCGACACUUUUACCGAAGAAAGGGAUGGUGAUAAUAAUUCGCCACCCAGUACACUUCACGAUAGCGAUCAUCAGGUACAAAUGAACAAUAGCUAUCGUGAAGCGAAUGAGCACCUAGAGGAGAUAGUUCGCUGUCUAGCUCCUGAAGUUGGAACUCAUUUUCAAAAUGAGAACGCCAACGAGGAGCUCAUUGGCGACCUGUCUUGUGGCUAUUUGCUACAGAAUAGCACGGACCACGUGGAAGAAAGGCUAAGUUGUUGGAACAGUACUCAUACAUACUUUAAUUAUGAUAAUCAUUAUUAA